AACAUUUCCUUACUGAUCUACACGACAAAUUAUCUGUAAACUUUUAAAUGCUCUUAAAACAUACAUUGACGCUUUUAUUCUGAAACAUUUAGCGGAAGGGUUCCAGGUGGCGCGAAAGCUUAGAGCAAAGCUCGUGAAUAUUGAGAGCGUGGACGGCGCUUCACAGUUUAAUCCUGAAGCUCACCGACGUGAACGGAGUGAAGUUCGGAGAAUAAAGCUGAAGAGCGGCCUGCUGGCUCCCAUUAAAUCGACCCGAGGGUGCUCGUGUCCCAUCCCACGCUCACGAACCAGGUUGUGAGUCUCAUCUACGAGCGAGUGCAAGAAGAGGGGCUGCAGUUCCACUCUGUGUGUGGGGUUCCUUACACAGUCGUGCCUUUGGCCACAGUGAUCUGCUCACGACAUGAACUGCCCAUGGUCAUCAGGCGGAAGGAGGCCAAAGACUAUGGAACCAAACGGCUGGUGGAGGGGUCUUUCCGUCAGGGGGACACGUGCCUGAUCAUUGAGGACACGGUGACCAGCGGCACCAGCAUCCUGGAGACGGCUGAAGUGCUCUGCAAAGAGGGGCUGAAGGUGACGGAUGCAGUGGUCCUAAUGGACAGAGAGCAAGGUGGUGUGGAGAUGUUGGCUUCAAAGGGAAUCAAGCUCCAUCCCAUCAUCUCCAUAUCUCAGCUGCUCCGUGUGCUGCAGGCAGCCGAACGCAUCGACGCCCAAACCGCCCAGAGUGUCCACAAGUUCAUCCAGGACAACAACACUUUCAGGUACAACUUUACAGAGUUUCCCCCCAGUGGGGCUCAAGUGUUUACUUGUGUUACUUCACAAUCCAGGAAAAUCGUGCCCGAGUUUCAGCACCACUGUGACGUUGGACCCCUCCCCAAGGACGCACAACAAUGGCUGAGAUGGAUUACACCGACCUCACAGUUUUUAUCUUUAUAUGGAUUUUUGUUCCAUCCUGAUGAUCAGAAGAGUGUUUUGGGAUUUAACAGAUCUCUUAAGAACAACAACCAGAAAAACAUCACAGCUGAGUCUGGACAGGACGUCACUCUGACAUGUCGAGCUCCAAACAACAACAUCAUAGUUGUAGAGUGGAGCAGAGCUGACCUGGGAGAUGAACAAUAUGUGUUUUUGUACCGAGAUGGCCGAUUUGAACCAGAUGACCAGCAUCCAUCUUUUAAGAACCGGGUGGAGCUGCAGGACAGACAGAUGAAGGAUGGAGACGUGUCUUUGAUUCUGAAGGAUGUGACGAUUAAUGAUGCUGGAACAUACGAGUGUGGUGUUGUGCAGAGAGUUGGAGGACCUAUGACUCUAAUCAGCAUCAUCUACCUUCAUGUUGAUCCUCCAGGUCAGACAGGAGGACGAGAGAAGGAUGAAGACAAAAAGAAGGAGGAUGGAUCUGUUGGACUGACUGUGGGCCUGCCAGUUCUUGUUGUGCUUCUUCUUCUUGUUGCUGCUGCUGUUGGUUUUUUGAUCUGCAGAAAACGUAGACAACAGCAGAGUGUAGAAACAAACCAGCCUCCUGUUGAACUGCAGCAGGUUAAAAUGUUUCAGAGGUUUUUCCAGCGUUGAGUCUGCUGCUGCUGUUCAGAGUUCUGGGUGUUGUCAGUGUUUAAAAUCCUGCAGAAACAGAUGAACUGAGCACAGACAGCAGGCCCACAGUACUGUAGGUUUAUUUCAGUUUUAUCUUUAAUGUCUGCUUCUGUUUUUGCUGACAGCUCAUCUCAGUGGACGAGUUUCAUCUUUAUAAACAGUGUUUACAUUUCAGCUCUGUAGUUCACUGGAACAUCCAGAGGGCUGUGACUACAAAUCAUUAUGUGAGUUUGAGCUUUGGACCACAAAACUUCAACAACACUAAUCCUCCAUCAGCUGUUUCACUAAAAUUACAUCCAAGUAUAAACUGAUCCCAUCGUUCAUGCAUCACUUUGUAGCUGACAGAUGGUUGCCUAGGUAACCCUCUAAUGUAUUUACUGCCAGUACAUUCAUCACUCAGCAGUACGAUUUACUCUCAUUGGUAGUUGCUUCAGUACUUCUUAAAGAUUAAAAAAAGGUUUACCUCAGUACUUGCUCACUUUAAAUCACUGAUCAGUUAUUCCCUCGUCUGAGUUUCGUUGACCUUUCAUGACCUCUGACUGCUGCUGGUCUCUUUGUGUGAACACUUCACUGAAACUGGAAAUCUGAGUUUCUAUGAAAUUCUGUAUAUUAAAGAUAAUCACAAAUCUCACUCAGGAUCCAGUGAUACGGGUACUGCUGAAUGAUUCAAUUCAGUUCAGGUUUAAUCACAACAACAGUCGCUUCGAAGCCCUUUAUAUUGAAAAGUAGACCGUGCAAUAAUAAUGUACUCAGAGUCAGAGUUUUUUAGUUUGUUCAUUAAUAACACAGUUUUACGCAUGUUGAGUGUUUUUCUUUAUUCAAGCAUUUUUAAUGUUGUGAUUGGUGAUUAAAAUGUGUAGCUGCUUGUUUUGUAUGUGUGUGAUUGUAUGUGUGUUUAUGCGAUUGUAUUUUCUGUGCUCGAGAGCCACCAUCUACCGGAACCAAAUUCCUUGUAUUUGUCUGCACAUAUACUUGGCCAAUAAACACGAUUCUGAUUCUGAAAA